UGGCGGCGCAGGCGCGCGCGCUCGGGGCCGUGGUUGAAGGGAGGCGCCAUCUUGGGCCGCUGCAAGGCGGGCGGUGGCGCCGGGGGCUUCCGUGAGGAGGCGGGGCCGCCCGCCAUGGAGACCGAGUACUACGGCGGGGACCAGUCAGAUGAUGGUGGAGCUACGCCUGUGCAAGACGAGCGAGAUUCAGGAUCUGAUGUGGAAGAUGAAGGAAAUGAGCAGCAUUCCGGAUCUGAGAAUGGAAGUGUAGGGCAUCAUUCGGAGAAUGAACACAGUGAUGGAGAAGAUGAUGGGCAAAUAGGAGAGACUCAUAUGACAGACUCUGAAAACGAAGACAUCCCAAGGCAAAAAGACAGUGACUCAGAUAACGAGGAGCCUCCAAAUCACAGUGUAAGUGAUUCGGACAAUGAAGCAGCUCAUGGAGGGAAAGAUAGCGAUUCUGAUACUGAGGACCGUCCAAAUCGACAUUUAAGUGACUCUGAAAAUGAAGAUGCCUUAAAUCAUCGAGCAAGUGACUCUGAAAAUGGAGAACCUCACAGGGAUCACAGUAGUGAUUUUGAAAAUGAGGAAUCACACAAGCAGCCGGCGAGUGACUCAGAGAGCGAGGAGCACCACAAGCAGCAGGCGAGUGACUCAGAGAGCGAGGAGCACCACAAGCAGCCAGCCAGCGACUCAGAGAGCGAGGAGCACCACAAGCAGCCGGCCAGCGACUCGGAGAGUGAGGAACUCCACAAACAACCGGCUAGUGACUCGGAGGGCGAGGAUGUUUCCAGACACAAACAAGAAAUAGAGUCUGAGGAUAGUGAUGGGGAGGACAGGAAGGAGGAGGUGCAGAAUGAUUCCCGUCAUUCAGAUAAUGAGCACAUAAGGGAAGGAUUUCAGGGCUCUGACAGUGAAGAGGAAGCUCCUAAGAAACGAAAAAUAUCAGACAGCGAUGAAGAAGAGAAAGAAGAGGAAAAGACAGUGAAGAGGAAAACAGCUAUCCUUUCUGACAGUGAGGAUGACAGUGAGAAAACACCUGCCAAAAAAGUACGAAUCCUUUCUGAUGUCGAAGAAUCAGAUAGUGAUGCUGCUUCAGUGAAGUCUGACAAAAGGAAGAAAAAUAUUGUGUCAGAUAGUGAGGAAGAAGAAGAAAGAAAAGAGAAUGCUGGCAAGAAAAAAGAAGAGAAAGAUCUGUUUGGCAGUGACAGUGAAUCUGGAAAUGAACAAGAGAACCUGAUUGCAGAUAUAUUUGGAGAAUCUGGUGAUGAGGAAGAGGAAGAAUUUACAGGUUUUAACCAGGAAGAUCUGGAGGAAGAGAAAGGUGAUGCAGACAUGAAGGAGACAGCAGAUGAAUCAGACUCUGAUGAUAACAUCAAAAGAGGGAAGCACAUGGACUUCAUGUCAGAUUUUGACAUGAUGCUGCAGCGAAAGAAGAGUAUGAGUGGCAAGCGUAGACGGAACCGUGAUGGUGGAACUUUCAUUAGUGAUGCAGACGAUGUGGUCAGCGCUAUGAUUGUGAAGAUGAAUGAAGCUGCUGAAGAGGAUCGACAGCUAAAUACGCAGAAGAAACCAGCACUAAAAAAACUAACUUUGCUGCCAACUGUAGUGAUGCAUCUUAAAAAGCAGGACCUCAAAGAAACUUUCAUCGAUAGUGGUGUUAUGUCUGCCAUCAAAGAGUGGCUUUCUCCUCUUCCAGACCGAAGUCUGCCAGCACUGAAGAUACGAGAGGAGCUUCUGAAGAUCCUGCAAGAGCUGCCCAGUGUGAGCCAGGAGACUUUGAAGCACAGCGGCAUCGGACGAGCUGUGAUGUACCUCUACAAGCACCCCAAAGAGUCGCGACCUAACAAGGAUAUGGCAGGGAAGCUAAUCAAUGAAUGGUCUCGACCCAUCUUUGGCCUUACCUCAAACUACAAAGGCAUGACAAGAGAAGAGAGGGAACAGAGAGAUUUGGAACAGAUGCCUCAGCGAAGGAGAUUGAGCAGCUCUGGUGGUCAGACCCCUCGCAGGGACCUGGAGAAAGUGUUAACUGGAGAGGAAAAGGCUCUUAGACCGGGAGACCCUGGCUUCUGUGCCCGUGCGAGGGUGCCGAUGCCCUCCAACAAGGACUAUGUGGUCAGGCCAAAGUGGAACGUGGAGAUGGAGUCCUCCAGGCCCGGGACUAUUAAGAGAGGUAUUAGUCGCUUGGAAAAACACAAGAGACGGUUUGCUGAACAGAAACGACUCAGCAAAGUGCAUCGGGCCAUCAAGUUCAGCAUUGAAGGCAACAGGAUGCCCCUGUAGCCAUGGCACUGCCUUCCCCAAGUUGGAGAGGUAUCCCUCAAGGGAGGUGUGAACAGUGCAUGUGCUUCAGCUGUUGGCAAUUUGCACACACAGGAAAGGAGUGUGUACACUCUAACUUAAACCUGGGAAACUCUCAUAUUCUCUCGUGUCUGUACUGUGACCUAAGAGGUAACUUGUACAGGAAGAGUGGGCUGUAGAAUUUGAACACCUGCCUCGAUACUUGCCUUGGCAGCUUCAGGGCACCCAUACCACAGGCAGUAAAUGUGAAAAUACCUGUACUCAAAAGCAGCUUUCCACAACCUCUGGUUUUGAAUGCUGUUCUGACGUAGUUAGGUUCUCUGGGUUUACCUGAACUGACACCUGGGAAUUCUUAGCCCUUCCUGUAGGACCUCAUGUCACUGCAUACCAACAUUGGUGGCUGGCAUUUUACUGGCCCAAAGUAAGCUGGUUUUCACACCUUCUCAUUCCGGGAAGAUGGGUGACACGGGUGGUUGACAGGAGGUGGGGAAUGAGACCUCUGCAUACCAGGGUGGAGGGAGAUCCAUCAAUGCCAUACAUUAGUGUGGGGAUGGUUUUCACAAGUUCUAGUUGGCGUCUCAGUUCUGUGAGCAGGGCUGCCACAAACUGAUAGUGGCAGGAAGAGGCUAGCACAAGUGGUAGGGAACUGUUGAGUUUAAGCUUCAUAUUUAUUUGUUUUUUAAAAAUUAUUUUUUUAAAAAUCACUGUGAAAGUGUAGCUAUAAAUGUCAGCGAAUGGUGGGCAGGCUUAUGAAUAAAAUUUAUUAAAAAUCAGUGGGACAGGAGAGCCUUCCUUCAAUGAUAUAAACGAGAGGUUCAGUUUCUAAUAGAUGUUUUUUGUCAGAUAUUAAGUAGCAUGUUCUGGAUAUGUGUUUCUUCCAGACUUAAAAGGUGUGAAUCAUCUACUGUUUCUGUUGCCUACUUAGAAAAAUUGCUUUCUAGGAAGUAAUGGCUAUGGAUUGGAAAGUCCUUGCUGUUUCAGUGGUGUUUCUUUACAGAAUCACUGUAUUUAAUCUGUGCAAAAUAACUGCUGUGUCACCUCAGUUUUUCAUUUGCAGUUAAUAUAGAUGAGAUGCAAUAACUCUUCUAAUAACUUGUAUGGUCAGCUUAGGUAUUUCUUUUGCACCUCUUUUUUCUCUUGCUUUAUAAGUACUAAUUGGUGACCUUUAAAAUAAAUCACAGUUUGGAAUUGACGUGCCAGCUUGGUCUGCCUCAGUUACCCCUCCCCACGCCAGGGAGCCUGUCUGACACCGUAGCAGUGUUUUGACACUAAACUCUAGCUGAUACAGACACGCAGCGCUUACAAAUUGUACAUUCAGCUGGCAUGCGAACACCUAACAUGGCUAUUAAUCCCUGUAACAUGAAAGCUUUACUGUGUGAUGUUUGUGAGUGCGACUGCCUCCAUAUAUGCGAUGCAUACAUUGGAGGAACCAUUUUAGCCGCUUUGUGGGGAGAGAAUCUGCAUACGUGUGUGCAUACGUACGGACACAAACAAAACCAAUUGGAACCAAGUGGCUUCUUCACCUCCCUCUGGCAGGUUUAACCUUGCAUGCAUCGCUUUUCUCAAACCUCUGGGACGUCUGCUUUUUUUCAGUGAUAAUUACUAGUUUUAUUUUCUAAGUUCCAGGGGACCUCUAAGAAAGGGGUGAGUCGACUGGACAAACAGAUGCGGAAAUUCACAGAUAUCAGGAAAAAAAGCA